AUGCCCUGGUUCAGCUCUACUUCCUGCGACGAGUCGGCCUGCGCCGCCGUAGACCCCAACGCCCCGUCCAUGGUCGGCCUGCUGUUCUCGCUGCUGCCCUUCACAGCCACCUUCGCCGCCGUCGCCACAAUCGCGAACCAAAAGAUCUUCCCGAAGCUCGCCAGAGUCCACGAUGCCCACGAUGGCGAGGACCACUACCUACCGUCGCACGCGCCACCCAGCCUGAAGCAAGUACACGCCGAGCACGGACAAAAAAGCCCGAGGAGGAGGGCGGCCGCCGUCGUUUUCUCGGUCACCAUCGCGCUGGCCACGGUGCUGGGCGAGUUGAUACUGAGCGAGAUCUCGGACCUGGUCAGCCGCCGGGCCCGGGAGGUUGGGUUGCGGUUCACGGUGCCCACGCUCCUGGUCUUGCUCGUCGGCGUCAUCCCCUUCCUGGAGAUCCAAAGCGUGGUUUCGGGCAUAGGAUGGAAGUUCCAGAGGAACAGCAAAGGCAAGAUCCCCCGCUUUGCUUGGGGCGUGCAGAUACUGGCCUUUUGUGCGUGGCUGUUUGCCUUCUGGAGCUUGGGCGGUUUGGUCGGUCUCGACAGGACGGCGACCGCGGGAGGGGGUAUACUGCGUGCUUGUCUUGAGAGAAUCGGCGUCAUUGGCAUCUCGUUGAUGGCGAUGCUCAGCGGCUUCGCGGCCGUGUCGAGUCCGUGGCACACCCUCGGCGCUGUCUCGGAAAGGAGGAAGCGGCCUGUGACGGAAGCAGACAUCUCGAGAAAGGAGGCGGGGCUAGACGCCACGAACGAGAUGCUUCUGACCAAAAGACAUCGUCUGCAGGCGCUCGAGCGCAAGGCGUCCGAAGCACAGUCUGCAUCGUCCAGCUCUGGUGGGUUCAUGGGCAAGAUGCUCGGUGCCGUCCGCGGCAUGGGCGGAGACGAGGCCGAGAUGCGCGCGCUGCGGCUGGAGAUUGGAGGUCUCGAGACGAUGGAGGCGAACCUCCACUCGUCGCUGGGCAUGAUGCGCUCGCGCCAGGCCGCCGACGCCCGCGCCGCGACACCCCUGGGGAAAGUACUCGCGGUGCCACACUACAUCUUCAGCCUCUACUGUCUAUACCGGAUUCUGGCCACCACGCUCGCGACGCUGCGAAGGGCGUACUACCCCAGCUCGAGCUUCAGCUCCUCGGACCCGAUCAACCGCUUCUUGGGGCUGCUCGCGCGCCACUGGGAUCCCAAGCUGGACCAGAUUGCUUGGGCGCGGCAGAUCAGCUUUCUGCUGUCCGGCGUCAUACUCGCGGCGAGCGCCAACAGCGUGCUGCAGACAUUCCACCUGUUCUCCAAGUGGAUGCCCGGUCUUCUUUACCAGGCGCAGGCGAACCUGGCGCUGCUGAUUGGCCAGAUCACUGCCGUCUAUGUCAUCAGCGCGGCGCUGCUACUGCGGAGCAAUCUGCCAAGGGAGAUGGGAAGCGCCGUCGGUGACGCGCUCGAGGGUGCGCUGGAGCCGCGGUUCGUGGACUGGUGGUUCGAGGCGUGGUUCCUGAUGAGCUGCGCCGUCACCGGGUUAGGCGUGUGGAUCUCGAGAAAGAUCGGGAGUGAGGACUGGGAUGAGUACCAGUCCGAGGAGAUGGGCGCCAAGAGGAUGUAG